AUGACAGUGACAGAAUAUGCUGCAAAGUUUACUGAGUUGGCUAAGUUCUACCUGCAUUAUGACGGAGAAGGUGUUGAGUUUUCAAAGUGCAUCAAGUUUGAGAACGGGUUGCGCUCUAAAAUCAAGAAGGCUAUAGGGUAUCAGAAGAUCCGUGUCUUCCUUGAGUUGGUUGACAGUUGCAGAAUUUCUGAAGAGGAUAACAAUGCUCACUACAAGAUUGUUAGUGACAGGAGAGGCAAGCAACAUCAGCAACGUGGCAAGCCUUAUGAUGCUCUAACUGGCAAGGGCAAACAGAGAGCUGCCCCGGGUCAGAGGACUAGUGGGGGAGACGCUCCUGCUAAUAUUGUUUGUUUCAAAUGUGGAAAGGCAGGUCACAAGAGUAAUGUUUGUAAUGUUGAGAUUAAGAAAUGUUUCCGUUGUGGUAAGACUGGACAUGCAAUGUCUAAUUGCAAACGUAAAGAGAUGAAACCGAAGAAGGCACAAGCUGAAAAGUGUUUGCUUUGGAUGGUACUCAGACAGGCAAUGAGGACAGACUUAUCAGAGAAACCGAAGAAGGCACAAGCUGGUGGAAAAGUGUUUGCUUUGGAUGGUACUCAGACAGGCAAUGAGGACAGACUUAUCAGAGGUACUUGUUUCAUAAAUAGUACAUCUUUAGUUACUAUUUUUGAUACUGGUGCUACUCAUUAUUUUAGUGCUGCUAAUUGUGUUGAAAGAUUGAGUCUUGUGUUAUCUUUUAUGAAUGGAGAGAUGGUUGUCGAUCUUCCAGCUAAGGGAUCAGUGACUAUUUCUCUUGUGUGUUUAAAGUGUCCUUUGUCGAUCUUCGACAAAGACUUUGUUGUUGACUUGAUUUGUUUAUCAUUAAGUGGGUUGGACGUGAUAUUAGGUAUGAAUUGGUUAGAGCAUAACUAUGUUUAUAUUAAUUGUUAUAACAAGUCAGGGGGGUUUUUAACUGCUAAAGAGGAAGAAGCUGGGUUAAUAUCGCCUAGGUAA